AUGGAUAAGUUUCUCAUCAAGUUACCAAAGCCAAAAGAUGGCCAACCAAGUUCUAGCUCUAAUCAACCAUUUGUGAGUUCACAAGUUGCUCCGGAAGUUCAAAGACAUACAAAUUCUUUUCCACUUUCAAAUAUGGAUAAUAUGCUUGAUUUUAAAUCUCUUGAAGCAGAUCCCAAAGAUCGAAUGCCUAUUUCAUCUUAUGGUCCUAAUAUUCGAGAUGCGGUAAGGAGGUAUUACAUUAAAAAAAAGCCAUGUCAGCCCGUUGAUCAUAUCUUCCCUAAAACUAAGUUUGGAGAAAAAAUGCGUCAAUUUCGACCAACUUGGUUUAAGAGAAGAUCUCAAUGGUUGGAAUAUAGCAUUAAAGCAGACGCGACAUUUUGUUUGUGUUGUUAUUUGUUCAAGAAUGAACUUGAAAGUCGUGGAAAUGCCGCAGAUUCAUUUACAAGAGAUGGUUUUAGGUGUUGGAACAAAGCUUUAGAAAGAUUCAAAAAAGAUGUUGGUAAGGUAAAUAGUAUCCAUCAUAAAUGUUUCAAUAGGAUGCAAGAUUUGAAAAACCAACGACAAUCGAUCCAAUCUUCUUUUGACAAGCAAAGUGAAAAGGCAAGAAGUGAUUAUCGGAUGCGUUUAAAUGCCUCAAUUGAUGUAGCAAGAUUUCUCUUGACAUCGGGAUUUCCAUUUCGUGGGCAUGAUGAAAGUGAAAGUUCCGAAUAUAAGGGUGCUUUUCUUGAACUUUUAAAAUGGUAUGGGGAUAGAAGUUUUGAUGUGGGAAGAGUAAUAUUAGGUAAUGCUCCACAAAAUGAUAUGAUGAUUUGUCCGACAAUUCAAAAAGAUAUUGUGGAGGCUUGUGCUAAAGAAACAACUAAGGCUAUCAUUGAAGACUUGGAUGGUGAUUAUUUUGGAAUAUUAGUUGAUGAAUCAAAGGAUGUUUCUCAUAAGGAGCAAAUGGCUCUAAUUUUGAGAUAUGUCAACAAAAGUGGAAUGGUGAUAGAGCGAUUCUUGGGUAUUGUCCACGUAAAUGAUACAUCUUCUCAAUCAUUAAAAAAGGCAAUUUAUUCUUUGCUUUUGGAUCACUCAUUAUGUACAUCCAAAAUACGUGAUCAAGGUUAUGAUGGGGCUAGUAAUAUGCAAGGGGAAAUAAAUGGUCUCAAGUCUUUGAUUUUACAAGAUACGUCAUCUGCAUUUUCUAUUCACUAUUUUGCUCACCAAUUGCAAUUGGCACUUGUAUGUCUUUCCAAAAAGAAUUCGGAUGUGGAUAAUUUUUUUUAUGUUCUCACUAAUAUUUUGAAUACUAUUGGAGCUUCAUUUAAACGCAGAGAUUCACUUCGACAACAUCAAAAAGAUAAGUUGGAAGAGUUGCUUAAAUUUGGAGAAGUUCAUACAGGGCAAGGUUUGAAUCAAGAACGUGGCCUCCAACGACCGGGUGAUACUCGUUGGGGGUCUCAUUUUAAAACCUUGGACAAUUUCCUGAUUCUUUUUUCUUCAAUUGUUAAUGUGCUUAAGGAUAUAAAACGUGAUCGUCUAUAUCAUCUUGAUAGAUUUGCGGCGGAAAAUCUUUUGAGCAAGAUUCAUGAAUUUGAAUUUGUCUUUAUGUUGCACUUGAUGUUUAAGGUGUUGCUAUUGACGAAUGAGUUGAAUAAAGUUUUACAAAAGAAAGAUCAAGAUAUCGUUAAUGCUAUGGGAUUGCUUGACCUUUCAAAGAAACGAUUGCAAAUGAUGAGAGAGGAUGAAUGA